UACCUAAUCGGGAAGGUGGUAGGUGGUGCCGGGGGUGCCGAGGGAUUUUGCCAAUGUUCCUGGGCUUGAUAGACCCAGGCUAUGUUCCUGGGCUUCCUCUAGCUCUCAGACAGCCGCCCGGGGGGCCACACCAGGACCGACCCCCUGACAGUGCAGAAGAUGCAUCUUGCCAGCCACCUGCUCCUCCUUCUGGCUGGACUGCUGGUCGCAUCUCACGGCCAGCUCCUCCCUGAACACAACAGCCAGGGUCACACUGGCAGCCCCCAUCCGGAAGCUCCAAGCACAGGUGAGGGCUCCCCCAGCCUCAAGAUUGCCCCGGGAAAUACAGUCUUUGCUCUCCGCUUCUACCACCUGAUGGCUUCCCAGAGCCCUGGGAGCAACAUCUUCUUUUCCCCGCUGAGCAUCUCUGCCUCCUACGCCAUGCUGUCCCUGGGCGCCCGCUCACACAGCCAGACCCAGAUCCUCGAGGGUCUGGGCUUCAACCUCACGGAGGUGUCUGAGUCGGACAUCCACCAGGGCUUCCGGCACCUCCUGCACACCCUCUACCUCCCGGGAGACAGGCUGGAGAUGCACACGGGCAGCACCCUGUUCCUGAGCCAGGAGCUGCCCAUCCUUCCGGGAUUUCUGAAUGACAGUGUGGCCUUCUAUGACUCCAAAUUAUUCCUCACCAACUUCCACGACUCUGUGGGUACCGCCCAGCUGAUCAAUGACCAUGUCAAGGAGGAAACUCAAGGGAAGAUUGUGGAUUUGGUCAGUGACCUGAGCACAGACAUCGCAAUGGUGCUGGUGAAUUACAUUUACUUCAAAGCUCUGUGGGAGAAACCAUUCGUUCUCUCGUUGACCACUCCCCAAGACUUCUACGUUGAUGAGAAUACAGUAGUCAAGGUGCCUAUGAUGCUGCAGGACACAGAGGACCACUGGUAUCUUCAUGACAAAUACUUGCCCUGCUCAGUCCUGCGGAUGGAUUACAAAGGAAACGCGAUGGCCCUUUUCAUCCUUCCUAACCGAGGGAAAAUGAAGCAGGUGGAGGAAGUCUUGACUCCAGAGAUACUAAAAAGGUGGAUGAGCUUGCUUCAGAAGAGGUACUAUUACAGGAAGCUCGAGUUGCAUUUCCCCAAGUUCUCCAUUUCUGGCUCCUAUAAUUUAGAUCAGAUUUUGCCCAUGUUGGGCUUUGUGGACGUGUUCUCACAGCAGGCUGACUUGUCCGGCAUCACUGAAGAGCGAAAGCUGCAGGUGUCCAAGAGUUUCCACAAAGCCAUUCUGGAGGUGGACGAGGCUGGCACCCAGGCUGCAGCGGCCACUGGCAGCUUUGCCACCUUUCUGUCUGCCCGUCGCAGUCGCGGAGUCCUCUGGUUCAACCGGCCCUUCCUUGUGGUGAUCUUUUCCACUGAUACCCAGAGCAUCCUCUUUCUGGGCAAGGUUGUCAACCCCACGAAACCAUAGCCUUCCCAGGGCCGGCUCUUCCGUUACAAGCUGGAGGAUGUGGCCUGGGGGGCUUGGUGUGAGCAGCUCCGCGUUGGAGCAAGGGAUUCAGAAGAUCCUAAGAGUCCGGGGCAGAAGCUGUUGGCGAAGGAGAGCGACAUGUGACCCGGACACCUAGCUCCUCGGGACGGUGUGACCUCAGGCAGGUCGCCUGGCUGCUUCAAGCACCACCCGGGAGAGUGGGAGACACCCCGCCAGGUGGUUGAAGGGAUUAAACAAAACGAUGGCUAUGAGGAACCUGGUUUGGUGCCUUGCACGUAGUAGAUACUCAAUAAACGCAUCCUCGUUUUCCAUCCCUUCA